AUGUCGCAGAUGCAGAGUUCAGGAUGUAAUGCUCUUGAUGCCCUGCGAAUAGCAGCAACGGCUGGUGAGGCGUCUGUGUUAAGAGAUGUGACGGCGGAGGCUCUCCUAUCUCAAGAGGAACAUGCACUACCACAACUACUACUUCUAUGCGACUCUAAUACAACAGAACACAAUCUCGUGUUGUUAAACGCGUCAUGGAAACUUUUACUUUCAGUGGCUUCCCUUAGAAUUGUUAGCACUCAUAUUUACAGUAAAAUAUUACAUUUCAUGUUCUCACAAUUGCAAUACCACAUUUUUUCUCAUGAUUGGAGUGAAGGGAAAAAAAUUAAAUUGGCAGCUUUUAUCGCUUCUCAUGUCGUUUCAGCAACACGGGCACAUCCAUCGUAUGCGGUCCGAGACGUCAAAUUAGUAUCAAUGAUUAUAGAACUCCACACUACUGUAUGUUUGACGAUAGCUACAAGUGAACGCACAGAAGCGGCACAACAGUUACAUCAAAUAAUUGGUUUACGUCUGAUAGCUAUUCUUGAAGCUAUAGGAUCGGCAUGUGAAGAUCAACAACCCUUGUCAGCUGAAGAACAUCUACAGUUGAUGCUUCAAUCUCUUGCAGCCCCACCAACAGAGGCCAUGGCAGCACUGACAAAGGGAUCUGUUGCUGCUGGUUCGUCAGUUGCGGCACUCACAACCAUGUUAGCAGUGACUCGUUCACCACAUUUACUCUCUGACGCGGCGUAUGUUGAGAUGUUGUUAAGUGCAGCUCUCCUGUGGUUACCACAUAUGCGACUUGUUCUUUUUGAUGCAGAUGAAGGAGAAUUAACCACCACAACAACCACAACAACAACAAUAGCAAUAACAAAACCAACACCACCUCCACCACCACCACCAGCAGCAGCAGCAGCAGCGACUUUAUCAACAAGUGUAUGUGAUGACGAGCCUGGAGCACUUCUUUAUCGACGGGUUUUACAACACGCGAAGAGUCUUCCACGUAGUGUGUUUUCUACAGAUUAUGAUAAAGGUGGGAUUACUGAUUCCUCAGGAGAGAUAGGUCUUGAUAUGCAGCUACUCUUAUUAAUGCAACGCCUUGCGUGUAGGAGUAUUGACACUACACAAUACAGAAAUUAUCAGAAUGAAGAAGGUACAUCAUCUAAUCAAGGACUUUUGUUACGCUUCCGAGUUUUUCCUUUACUUUUAGCAGCACUUCUUGUUCCAAAUGAUGCUAGUGCGGCUCGUGUACUUUUGGUAUGGGGGUCUGUAUUAAAUCACCUAUCUGAUACAGACCGAGAAUCUUUAGGAAUAGAGUUAUUAUUGCUUGGGGAAGAUCAACUACGAGCUCUCCGAGAACUUCCCUCUACGAUUUCUAACAGUAGAAUUACUUAUUUACGCCGCUUUAUCAAUGCGUUAGCAGUCUUAUUGGCAGAGAUAUGCAGACUACUUGAACGUUCACCUAAAGACUUAGCUGCAAUGAGUAUACAAGGACGAAAAAAUACUACAAUAGGAACUUUUUCAUCAUCAUUAUCAUCAGUGAGACACUUUUCCUUCUGCUGUAUGUGUGAUUGUUUAUACUAUCACACACGUACUUAUCAAUGGUGGAAUGAAGAGAUAACAAUGGGUGGGGCAGUAGGAGGUACAAGUAGUGUAGAUUCUGAAAUUAUAACUUUUCAAGAAGAAGUUAAAUCUGUUUUAGCAGAAUGGCAACAUGUUUCUACUAUUCCAGAUAAUAAUAAUAUUCAUAUUCAUGAAAGACUUCAGGCAAUCAUUAUAUCUAUACCUGGUAAGAUUAGAAAUAUUGUAGAGCGAUCUGCUUCAUCUGGAAGUAUUACAGCUGCUUUAUUAGUCGUUACAAGAGUUCUUCAAACUAUAGUAGAAGAUGUUUCAACAGAAUCUUCUCAAAAACUUUGUGUAUGUGCACGUUUUGUGGCAUCAGAACUUAUUGCACUUAUGGGAUCUGUUUUAUCUGAAGAUUCCACCUUUCUGGCAUGUUUACGUCGUCUAAUUGACAUAAGUUUUAAUACAGAAAUAAAUAAUAGAGAAAAUGAAGAGAGAGAAGGGAUGCAAUAUUAUCACGCAGCAGUCUGUCUUCGCCAGUUUGCAGAGCGCAACACCGCUGUUCCACUAGGUAAACUGCACCUUUCUGAAUCCGUCUCCACUGCCCUUAUGACUUUACUGCAGGAAACAACCGUUUCCGCUGCUGCAGAUCCUGACUCUACUGUUAACAUUCGCGUCUGUGAGGAACUAUUAGAGCAACAGGCAGAAGAAUGGCAAUCUUUAGUCUCACACUACAGUCAGGAAGGGAGCAGCAUAACACUGGGUUCAUUGUUUGAUAUGGCACCACAAGACAUCUCUUCACAGAGUGGAACAGAGAAUCAGGAGGGACGCUUCCUCUCCUCAUUACAGCGCUGCGAAGACACGUUACGGUUACUGCUACACUGGCAAGAGUCUGGCUGUACACUGCAUCCAUCAGAGGAGGAGGCGUUGGGACGACUAGAGCAACUGGUGUCUGCAGCAGUAAACAUUGCACACCCCACAAUCUGCAGCAGCAGCAAUAUCAGUAAGAACAAUAAUAAUAAUAACAACAGUAACAACAACAUCAUCAUCAAGAAUGAGGAAGUGGUCCGAUUGUCAGAAGAAGUAACAAUCCAAGAGAAAGAUCCAUCAGAGACGGGUCCAGAAAUAAUUCACGUGGAUUAG